AUGGAUUACAGCUCAUUCAGCGGAGUCCCCCGCUUCUUGACCCGGCCCAAGGCUUUCAUGGUGUCUGUGGGGAAGGAUGCCACCUUGAGCUGCCAGAUCAUUGGAAACCCCAUCCCAGUUGUCAGCUGGGAAAAGGACAAACUUCCAGUCCAGUCUGGGGGAAGGUUUAAAACCACAGAAGAUGGAGAUCUCUAUCGGCUCACUAUCUACGAUCUGAGCCUGGAGGACAGUGGCCAAUACAUCUGCCGGGCCAAGAACACCAUCGGGGAAGCUUUUGCAGCUGUCAGCAUCAAAGUUGGAGAGGAGACCACAGUGACGGAGUCAGCCCCAUACUUCAUCCAGAAACCUUCCUCCAUCAAAGUAACGCUGGGAGAAGAUGCCAUGUUCAAAUGCAAAGUCCAGGGCAGCCCUCCCCUUUCAGUGAACUGGGAGAAGGAUGGGAGACACCUGAGGAACCGGGCUGAUGCCGGACGCUUCCAGAUUGAGUCUGCUGGGGAGUCAAACGCUCUCACCAUCCAGUGUGCUCGGCUGGGGGACAGUGGCACCUACACCUGCCGAGCAGAGAAUCCCAUCGGCUCUGCCAGCGCUUCGGCCGCGCUGGUGGUGGAAACUCAGGGCUCUUCCAACCCCGGUAGCAGCAGCCUCUUUGAUACCGGCUGUGGCAAGACGGCUUCCUUGUUAUCUCACUUGCAAAAGAGGCGGGAGGAGAUCAGGAAGAUGGACAUUCUCCAUGGGUCUCUGGAUUCAGCAUCUUCCCAGUCUUACUCCAUGGCAGAAGGGUUGUCUGGCAUCGGCUACAGCCUCUCCCGGGAUUACGAGAGGGCGGCUGGACUGACCACCAAAGGGGCCCGUAACGCGACUUUCGGGGCGCUGACACGCACGUGCAGCGUGACAGAGGGGAAGCACGCCAAGCUGAGCUGUUACGUGACGGGCGAGCCCAAGCCAGAGAUCGUGUGGAAGAAGGACAACGAGGUCAUUUUGGAAGGGCGGCGACAUGUCAUCUAUGAGGACGAUCAGGAGAACUUUGUGCUGAAGAUCCUCUACUGCAAGCAGGUAGACAACGGGCUGUACACCUGCACAGCCUCCAACCUGGCAGGCCAGACGUACAGCUCCGUCCUCGUCACCGUAAAAG